AUGAAGAGGGGCAAACGCAUCUCCGUUGCGCUUGCCUCGACUUUCCUCAGUCUCUUCUCGAUUUCUCAACUGUACCAAAAUACCCAUCACCAAGCUGGCGCCGAGGGAUUGGAGGAAGCCGAAUGGAUUGCCAGCUCACGGUCGUGGAUUGAGCGGAAAACCUGCCAGUGGUUUGGCUUCUGCGGCAUAACACAUCUAAACCGCUCCAAGUGGGUGAACAAAUCCCACAGAAAAGAUGGUGAUGCAGCUCAGGCAGCUCUCACCGACGAACAUCUCCUUGAUUUCAGCGAGUUUUGGACAAGCGGCAAGUCGAGGCCAGAGGAUUGGUCCGACGACGAACGCGCUCUCCGCGAGAUUCCCAAGUACGUGCUCGACCAUGCGCCGUUGAUGCACCUUUUCUCUGGUGAAAAGUUCUGGCCGUGUGAUAUCGCCGACCACCUCAUUCACACAACUCCGCACCUCAACUACACUCCGAUUCAGGCCAAAUCGGAUCACCCUAACCUUACCGAUCUUGACGAGCUCAACGAGUUUGGUUACUCUGUGUACCUCCAGAGCGACGAUAACGUGGAAGAGCGCCCAGCAUGGCUCAGUGGGGAAUCCAACGUCCCCACAAAGUCAGGUGGGCGUUAUGAUGACGAUGGCUGGGAACAGCACCCUGGUGGAGAUGGGAGCAUAGAUGACGACCCAACGGAUGACUAUGACACUUGGUAUGAAGCGGGCAUUGGUGACAUCAAGGAGAAGGGCGGUGAACGACCCGAUCCAACGGCUCUUGUGGACGCUACUCCUACCGAUACGCCAGAGGGAGAAGAGGUCGUUUACGAAGAUGGAUCCGGAGCACCGAUCGAUCAUGAGCCUCGUAUGAUUCGACGUACGCUGGACUGGACUGCAGGUAAAAAGCACCACAGCCCUGGUGGACGUAGCGAUGCUCCGGCUGUAUUGGUCACGAUUGACAAAGGCGAUGGGGUUGUCGAUGCGUUCUGGUUCUUUUUCUACAGCUACAAUCUUGGCAACGUUGUACUCAACGUGCGCUUUGGCAAUCACGUCGGUGAUUGGGAGCACACUGUCGUCCGUUUCCAUCACGGAAAGCCGAAGGCAGUGUUCUUCAGUGAGCAUAGCUUUGGCGAGGCGUACGCGUGGGAUGCAGUUGAGAAGAUUGGUAAAAGGCCUGUCGGCUACAUUGCAACAGGCACUCAUGCCAUGUACGCUACUCCGGGGACCCACUCAUACAUCCUUCCUUGGGGCCUCCUACACGACAUCACGGAUCGUGGUCCACUUUGGGAUCCGGCGUUGAACGUCCACAGCUACACUUAUGAUUACCAGAACGACACUCUUAGAUCAUCCACGAAGACGCCGCAUGCGCCGAUUGAAUGGUUUUACUUUGUCGGCCAUUGGGGUGACAAAUUUUACCCUCUGUCUGACCCGCGUCAAUACCGUUUUGCUGGUCAGUAUCACUAUGUCAAUGGCCCGUAUGGACCGAGAUUCAAGAAUCUGGGGCGGAAGAAGGUUUGCCAGGGCAACGGGGAUUGCAUCAUUAAGGAAUUUGUUGGCGGAAGGAGGGCCAAGAGGUGGACGGGCGCUGGCGAGGGGGAGGAGAUAAGCCCUGAGGAUAUUGCCCGGCUUGGACUGGAAUAG